AUGGACACCCUCCUCAAAGAAGACUUUGAUAUGAGCGCCAACACCAGCCACCAAGACCUACUGUCAGAGAACAAAAGUCUCGGCCUGGACCAAAGUGACCCGUUGGACAUGUUUACUGGCAUGGAGCUUCUGCUUCGUUUCAAACUUCUCUUCAUGCCUCUCUAUUGCCUGGUGGUGGUCAUAGCUGGCGUGGGCAACUCUUUCCUUUUGUCUUGCAUCCUGAUGGAUAAGAAACUCCAUAACGCCACCAACUUUUUCAUCGGUAACUUGGCCGCUGGUGACCUGCUGAUGUGUCUGAGCUGCGUGCCGUUGACCAUGUCCUACGCCUUCGACAGCCACGGCUGGGCUUUCGGGAGAGCGCUGUGUCACUUGGUGCCACUGGUGCAAUGCGCCACCGUGUUUGCGUCGGUGCUCUCCCUCACUGCCAUCGCCGUCGACCGAUACGUUGUGCUAGCUCACCCGGUCCGUCGGAGGAUAUCUUUGUGCGGUUGCAGUGCAGUGACCUCAGCCGUGUGGCUUCUAUCUCUGGCCUUGGCCGCUCCUCCGUCCUUCUACACACGUUACUUGGACCUCCGGCCCAGCGGCAUCGACCUGGUGGUUUGCGAAGAAUUCUGGCCGGAAAACGGAAACCUUCGACUGCUGUACUCCUGCUUCAUCCUAAUCGCCUCCUACAUGAUCCCACUGUUGUCCGUGAGCGUCUCGUACUGUGCCAUCAGCAUCAGUCUGAAGCGCUACUCCGUGCCCGGGGAGCAGGGGAGCAGGAGGCGACACUGGAAGCAAAAGAGGAGACGGACCUUCUCGUUACUGGGGGCUUCAGUGCUGGCCUUUGCUCUGUGUUGGCUGCCUUUGCAGGUACUCAACCUGUUGUUGGACCUGGACCCGGACUGCGACAUCAUCGGCAAGCGCUACAUUAACGUCUUGCAAGUGUGCUGUCAUUUAGUGGCCAUGAGCUCAUCUUGCUACAACCCCUUCAUCUACGCCUCGCUGCACAGCAAGGUACGCAAACACCUGAGAGGCUACCUGUGCCCCUGUCACAGACCAAGGAUGGUGCAGAGAUCCUUGUCCGGGAUCUGA